CGAUCAAAGUCGGGAGGAUGCCGCUUGGACAUUUAGCAACGGAGGAUUUAAUCACGGGCUUACUUCGUUUUGGAAUAAAGGUCACUGAAGAGGAGCGAAGUAAAUUCAAAGAUAAUGAAGUUGACGGAGAAGCAGUGGACUAUGGAUUGACUGAGAGGAUGGUUUCAUACCUCUUUGAAGGAUCGUUUAAGAAGCAAGCCAAAUUCAACCGAUUUGCACAGCAGUGGAAAGAAACCGUGACACUAACCGUUGAGCCUGUCCCGGUAAAUUCAGAGAAGGCUACAGUGGAAUCAAGAAUGAAUAUCUGCCGAAGAUUUGAAGAUGGCUUUAAGAUCCUAGUACCCACAGUGCUUAGACUGACUCAAAGGAAAUCUCCCCUUGUAGAUCUGGCUUUGGAGGAAAGAGAGGCUGCCCUCACCGAAGAUGUCCCUGGGAUUGAUUUCAGAGCUGCAAUCCUGCUGUUGCCGAUCCUGUUCAGGGAGAAAAAUGACAUUCUCAUCAUACUUGGAGAGGAUCAGCCUGGUUGUACAGCAGUAAUGAGGAACCCGGUCCUCCAGGCGCCGACGGAAGCGGAGGCCGAGAAGGCCAUCAAAGAGUUUCUCCGGCUGGCACCUAAUCGCCACCACCGCCGGCCAAGAUAA